AUGGCAAACAAGUUGGAGAACCUGUCACUAAUGGCGGACGUGAAAAGUUGGUUAGAAAGGUUUGAUUUUCACGCCCUGGCCAAUUCUUGGAUGGGGACAGUGCCGGACCUAGCAGAAGACAGCAGUAACGCAGCAGAGCGAACCUUGAUCAUAAAAAAGAAUGUAGCGGUGUUCAUAUCUAAAUGUGAUGCUGAAAUAUUCAAGCUUUUAAAAGCUUUGUGUGCGCCGGAGAAUGUAGCUGACUCGAACCAUCCAAGACUGAGGAAGUUGUUAUUGGACCACCUGGCACCGGCACCUACUAAAUUCGCUCAAAGGCACAAAUUUAGGAGUGGACGUCAGCAGUCAGAUGAGUCUGGAGCCAGCUUUAUAUCAAGAUUAAGGUCACUGGCAAAUGAGUGUGAAUUUGGCACAAACUAUAACGAAGCUUUGCUAGAUCAGAUUCUGUGCGGUCUGAAGGACGAGAAACUGGUAUCGGAACUGUUGGUCAAAACAGAUUUGGAUCUGGAAACAGCCAUAAGAGAAGCGCUCAACAGAGAGCAAGCUCAGAAAGAGGCUCAAGGAAUGCAUGGUAGUAUGUCUGCCACAGUGAACAGUGUUAAGUAUAGUAAACAUCCAACAUUCAAGAGAACAGUAAAUAACCCUUAUCUGAAGAAGGGGGAGUCAUCUCAAAUGGACAAAAAACAAUAUCAGCCGGAAAAUUGGGACUCAAACAACAAAUCAAAAACCAAGUGUAAGAAGUGUGGUUUAAGGGGUCAUGAGGCUGAUAAAUGUGAGGUGAGAUGUUACAAAUGUUCGGGACUUGGGCACAUCAGUAGCAAGUGUAGGAAUAAUUGGAACAAGCGAGAUGUCAACAAUGUAGACAGCGAUGCAGAACUACAAGAGUUUGACGACAACUGCAACAGCAUUCUCGACGAGGAGUUUUAUGGGCUUCAGUUUGGAAGGAAAACACUGAGAGUGGCUAGUGGACAGCAGGUGAUCGUGGAUGGCUAUGCAGUGGUGGAUGUGACAAUGAAUGGUAAAAAAGUUCCGGACUUGCACUUGUAUGUAGCCGAGGAUUUCCCAACUUUGUUAGGGAGACCCUGGAUAACUAAGUUCUGUGGUGAGAACUGGCUAGACAAGCUGCUAAGUACCAGGUUGGUCAACCGUUUGGCAAUUGAGACAACCCAGCGUUCUGAAGAUUCUCAGCAGGUGAACAACUGUGAGAAAUGUGCAGGUAGCGACGGUAGAGGGAGACCAAUGAUGCAAACUGAUGGGACCAACGUGAAGAAUGAUUUAAAACUGAAUGAUGACUGUACCAGAGUGGAUCAGUGCAGAAGUUUGGAGGAGCUCAAACUGAGUGAUGUGUUCAAAUCGGGACUUGGACUAGUGAAGGAUGUGGAGGCGAGUUUGGUCCUGCGAGACGACUCCAAGCCUAUAAUGUUGAAGGCUAGAAACCUGCCGUAUGCCUUGAGACACAAAGUUGAGGAUGAACUUAACUCAAUGGUUGAAAGCGGUAUCCUGUCCAAAGUAGAUGAUAGCCCGUGGGGGACUCCUCUAGUUCCAGUAAAGAAAGACGGAGGUGAGUCUGUUCGAAUAUGUGGAGACUACAAGUCAACGUUGAACAAGUGUGUGAGCACCCGACAGUACCCUUUGCCCACAGCGGAAGAGUGCUUUAAUACAGUUCGGGGUGGCCUUAAGUUUUCAAAAGUGGACAUCAAGAAAGCUUACAAUAACAUCCAGAUUAGAGAGGAGGACCGAGUCUUGACGACACUUAACACACACAAAGGACUGUACCAAUGGAAUAGAUUACCCUAUGGUAUCAGUAGUUCUGCAGCAAUCUUUCAGUCAAUAAUGGAUGAUACCCUACGCGGUGUGCCGAUGACUUGUUGCAGAAUAGAUGAUAUCCUAAUAUCGGGUAAAAAUGACGAAGAGCACUUGAUUAACCUGAACAGAGUGAUUUCUCGCUUGGAGAGACGUGGAUUCAAGUGCAAACUCGAGAAAACCUGCCUUAUGGAGAAAGAAGUGAUUUACUUGGGACACCGAGUAUCAGCAGAGGGGAUACAACCGGUACAGAGUAAAGUAGACAGUUUAAAGUUGGCUCCUGAACCCAAAAACGUGGACCAACUGGUCAGUUUUCUGGGUGCAGUGAACUACUAUCGACGAUAUUUAUCGAACCUGUCAUCUGUUAUUGCUCCCCUAGAUAGGUUAAGAGCAAAGGGAGUGCCGUGGAAGUGGUCCAAUGAGGAGCAUGAAGCGUUCCAAAGUUUGAAGAACUUGUUGUGUUCUCGUCGUGUGUUGACAUUCUACAACCCUAAGCUACCUCUGAAACUCGAUACGGAUGCGUCUAAAUCUGGAAUAGGAGCAGUAUUAUCUCACAUAAUGCCUAAUGGAGAAGAACGCCCGAUCGAGAGAUUUAAACUGGUCACGGAUCACAAAGCUUUAGUUCGAAUCUUUGGAGACAAACCAAUUCCAGAGAUGACAGCUAACCGGAUAACAAGGUGGGCCUUGUUCCUGAUGAACUACCAAUACGACAUCGAGUAUCGCACCACAAAAGAUCACGCAAAUUGUGAUAUGCUGUCGAGACUACCAAAGGAGGUGAGACACCCAACUGUGGUUAAAGAUGACUGUUUGGAUAUGUUUUCUCUGACAGUGAGUGAAGCCAUGCUCAACGCCGAGUUGGUGGCUCGAGAAACGAAGAAAGAUCCGAUACUGAGCAAGGUUUUGUGUUAUAUUCUGGAAGGAUGGCCAGAUUACCUGAAAUGUGAGGGAGAACUAGCAUCUUUUUGGAGCAGGAGAGACGAGCUGACAGUGGAACUAGGCUGUGUGACCUGGGGAGCUCGAGUGGUCAUCCCUGUAAAGUUGAGAGAUACUGUGAUACGUAUAUUACAUUCGACCCACAUUGGUAUGUCAGGUAUGAAGAGCUUAGCUCGUUCUUAUGUAUACUGGCCUCGUCUUGACACACAAAUCGAGGAUACUGCUCGGACGUGUGAGACGUGUGGCAAGUACGGUAAGAACCUACCCAAACUGGUAGAUCAUCCGUGGGCUAGAGCAACAGCACCAUUCCAACGGGUCCAUGUAGACUUUGCUGGGCCUUUCUUAGGCAUAUCCGACAAUGGACCCCAGUUUGUGUCUGAGGAAAUCGAGAGUUACCUGCGCUCCAACCCACCAGAGCCUCAGUGGGAGUGGCUGCCUGCUGAACCGUUCUGUAGUGUGUCAGACUUGUUUUCUUUUAGUAGCGCUACGUAUUGUGAUAUCAUGAAAGAGAUAGAGGAAGAGAUAGAGGAAGAGAUAGAGAAAGAGAUAGAGGAAGAGAUAGAGAAAGAGAUAGAGGAAGAGAUAGAGGAAGAGAUAGAGGAAGAGAUAGAGGAAGAGAUAGAGAAAGAGAUAGAGGAAGAGAUAGAGGAAGAGAUAUUAUAUAAAUAA